AUGGCAGAAUCCACCUUCCCCGGCGGCUCAGGCCCCUUUGGAGGCUUCAACUCUGGCCGCUCUCCAAGCAUGGCCAACGUCCAUGAAGAUGAAGAAUCAGACACCAUCACCUCUCCCACCAACACUGCCUCUGCAGCUGCUGCCCCCGGCUCUCCCUUUGCCAACUCAUCAAAUUUCUCCUUCAAUGCCUCCUCCGGCCACAGUCAACCACCCUCGGCAUUCCGUCCGCCGGGCCCAGACGAUCAAGGCUUCCCAAAUAAUUACAACAUGACGCGCAGAACUUCCGUCUCCGCCGAAUCCCUCACGCCUACCCACCACCAGGAUAGCAACUGGAAAGCGCCUUAUCACCAGAAAACCGAAGACCAGCUAUCUCGCCUGCGUGCUUCCGUCAGCUCCAACUUCCUCUUCUCCCACCUCGACGACGAUUCCGCCAACCUCGUCCUCGGCGCCCUGGUCGAGAAGCCAAUCCCGGCCAAAGACAUCAAAGUCAUCACCCAAGGCGACGCAGGUGACUACUUCUACGUCGUCGAGCGCGGCGCCUUCGAUAUCUACGUUAACCCUGCCGGGCACGUCACCCCUGGCCCUGAUGGUAUGGGCCAGAAGGUCAACACGAUUGGUCCUGGAGGUAGCUUUGGAGAGUUGGCGUUGAUGUAUAAUGCGCCGCGGGCGGCGACCGUGGUGAGUACGGAGAAAGAGAGUACGCUGUGGUCGCUGGACAGAGUCACGUUUAGGCGGAUCUUGAUGGAUAGUGCGUUUCAGAGACGGAGGAUGUAUGAGAGCUUUCUGGAGGAGGUGCCGUUGCUGUCAACUCUUACCCUCUACGAACGCUCGAAAAUCGCGGACGCUUUGGAUACGCAGAAAUUUCUACCUGGGGCUACCAUUAUCCGCGAAGGUGACCCUGGAGAAGCGUUUUUCAUCCUCGAAAGUGGAGAGGCGGAGGUCUACAAGAGCGAUAGCGGCGAUACCGUUGUCAAGAGGUAUAAGAAGGGCGAUUAUUUCGGAGAGCUGGCUCUGCUGGAUGAUAAGCCGAGAGCUGCUAGUGUUGUUGCUGCGAAGCAUGGAGGGGAGGUCAAGGUCGCGUACUUGGGAAAACAAGGCUUUCAGAGACUGCUGGGGCCCGUGGAGGGGAUCAUGAGGAGAAAUGAUUACUCUGGGGGUGGUGGUGAGGGAAGUGCACCGGCGACGACAUGA